GGAUAUGACGUGAUCAAGAAGCUUCGUGUUGUGAGCUGCGGAUGGAAACAUGGCGGCACAAAUGAAUCCGGUGAAUCAAGUCGUUCAACCGCAACAACCGCCACCACCGCAGCAGCAGCAGCAGCAGCAACAACAACAACAACAACAGCAACAGCAACAACAGCCUCCGCCACUACCUCCACAGGCGCCUCAGAUCGGACAGGUCGGAAUUCAGCCGAAUCUCCAGGGAGCCGCGCUACAGCAGCAGCAGCAACAGCAACAGCAGCAGCAACAACAACAACAACAGCAGCAGCAGCAAGACUUCGACCCGGUGCACCGAUUCAAGGUGUUGAUUCCGCAGCUAAAGGAGAGCUUACAGAAUGUUAUGAAGAUUGCUUCCCAAAAUUUGGUCCACAACACGGCCAUCGAUAAUGGAAUUAAGAGCAGCGACUCCUCCGUUCAGCGCUUCGACAAGAGUUUGGAAGAAUUUUAUGCCCUUUGUGACCAGCUGGAGUUAUGUCUGAGACUGGCCUACGAGUGUCUCUCCCAAAGCAUCGACAGUGCCAAGCAUUCUCCAAACCUCGUUCCGACUGCGACCAAGCCGGACACCGUGCAGACGGAGAGCCUGUCCUACUCGCAGUACCUCAGCAUGAUCAAGUCUCAGAUCUCGUGUGCCAAAGACAUCCACAACGCACUGCUGGAAUGUUCUAAGAAGAUUGCUGGUAAAGGGCAGACGCAGGGGAUGCUGUAGGCCGAUGACCGCACUGCUGCUGGAGUUGAAACUUUGUGAUGCUGGAGUUUCCUCCUUCUUUACCUCCUCAGAAGCAGCCAUCUUGCGUGGCCAAGUUUUCACACGAGGAUUCUGAGGAGGUGGUGGUUUGUGCUUUUAAUGUGCACACGUUCUUCACCGUUCAGCCAUGUUGAUUUGUUUAUAGCUGGCUUUUAGCACUCCGCUGUAAGCACAUGGAUUCUCCAGUAGAUUGGGUUAGAAAGGAACUGUGGGAUUGAUGGCCCGUCCCCAUGAAAAGAGCUCGGUUGUCUGCUUGGACUCUUUAGCCUUCCUUCCUGCUUUGGUGGGCACAAGUUGGCACAGAAUGUUAAAUAAAAGGAGUGUUUCUUUUUCA